AGAAUGGCCUCGGACUCCCUGGCAGCCCCUGACGUGUCGGGGAGGAGCCGCGCGCGGAGGUGCGCGGAGUGGAGCUCAGGGCUGCGGACUGGAGCGGAGCUGAGCGGCUGGGCGGGCCUGGCCAGGCCAGCGGAGCGGAGACGUCGGUCGAGCGGCGGCGAACAUGCGCUUUUGACACAUUGGAGGCUUUCUUGAUCAUGGAUGGUGAAGAUAUACCAGAUUUUUCAAGUUUAAAGGAGGAAACUGCUUAUUGGAAGGAACUUUCCUUAAAGUAUAAACAAAGCUUCCAGGAAGCUCGGGAUGAGCUAGUUGAAUUCCAGGAAGGAAGCAGAGAAUUAGAAGCAGAGUUGGAGGCGCAAUUAGUACAGGCUGAACAAAGAAAUAGAGACUUGCAAGCUGAUAACCAAAGACUGAAGUAUGAAGUGGAAGCGUUGAAGGAGAAACUAGAACAUCAAUAUGCACAGAGCUACAAGCAGGUCUCAGUAUUAGAAGAUGAUUUAAGUCAGACUCGGGCCAUUAAGGAGCAGUUGCACAAGUAUGUGAGAGAGCUGGAGCAGGCCAACGAUGACCUGGAGCGAGCAAAAAGGGCAACAAUAGUUUCACUGGAAGACUUUGAACAAAGGCUAAAUCAGGCCAUUGAACGAAAUGCAUUUUUAGAAAGUGAACUUGAUGAAAAGGAAUCUUUGUUGGUCUCUGUACAGAGGUUAAAGGAUGAAGCAAGAGAUUUAAGACAAGAAUUGGCUGUUCGGGAAAGACAGCAGGAAGUGACCAGAAAGUCAGCUCCCAGUUCUCCCACUCUAGACUGUGAAAAGAUGGAUUCUGCUGUCCAGGCAUCACUUUCUUUGCCAGCUACUCCUGUUGGCAAAGGAACGGAGAAUAGUUUUCCUUCACCAAAAGCGAUACCAAACGGUUUUGGGACCAGUCCACUGACUCCUUCAGCUAGGAUAUCAGCACUGAACAUCGUGGGGGAUCUCUUACGGAAAGUAGGGGCUUUAGAAUCCAAAUUAGCAGCUUGCAGGAAUUUUGCAAAGGACCAAGCAUCACGAAAAUCCUAUAUUUCAGGGAACGUUAACUGUGGGGUGAUGAAUAGCAACAGCACGAAGUUCUCUCGAUCAGGGCACACAUCUUUCUUCGACAAAGGGGCAGUAAACGGCUUUGACCCGGCUCCUCCUCCUCCUGGUCUGGGCUCCUCGCGCCCGUCGUCGGCCCCGGGUAUGCUGCCUCUCAGUGUGUGAGUGCCCGGCCUCCAGGUGGGGGCUCCCGCCCUCCUCCAGCUGCCCAGGACACACCCACGCCUCACCCCCCGGUGCCUGGGCCCGGCUCGUGCCCCUCCGCCCGCCUCCUCGCGGCCGGCAGAGGGCAGGCUGCAUGCAGUGGCGGCUGCUGGGCCCCGCCCAGCCCCAGGACUCUGCGCGAUAUCAAUACUGGCUAUUUUCUCUUCUCGCCGUAGUGCCGUUGGUUUCACAUGAUUGCACUUUUGUGGGUCACGAGGUGAUACGUACGUGUAUUACUUGGUCACUGGAUGCAGAAGUACCCAUUCAUCACGCCUCAUAGCCCCGCCCCGCUGUGCGGAUAGGAGUAGUUGUGUUUAGGACAUUGCAGAUCUUCUAGCAGCUCUCCCCCAAAUCAGGUCGACAUGUGCCCUCCCCCUGAGCCCCCACCCAGGCAUCUCCAGUGCUCAUGAUCAUGUGUCCCCCUCCUCUACCACUCACAGUUUGGGUCUGUUACUGGCAGAGUCAAGAAGGUCACUGAAUUAGGGAACAUUUUCUGCACCUUCUGAUUUUACUUUAGCGGUUAUCAUUCCAUAGACUUGCCUCCCAGAGCAGCAAGAUGCCUGUCUGAGCCCCAGAGAGCAGGAGCUUCCGGGACCGGGGCACACGGGGCCGUGUCCCUGCUAUCUCUACUUCCUCAUGUGCCUCAGACUUGGGGUUGGGGUGGUGGCAGCCGCCUCGCCGGCUCUCUGGUCCUUCAGUUCAAUGACAUCUUCAGAGCAUCUCGUUUUGUCUUCUGAGGGCCUGUCCCGUUGCGUCAGGAAGGGUUGAGCGGCCUGGUUCCAGGGGCGGCUCUUGUGGCUCCUGGGGGUGGGCAGACUGGAAGUGGUUGGCCCUGUGCAUCCUUCGAUUACUCAUGCUGCGUUUACUGUUUACAUUUGUUUUAUUGUACAUAGGUUUGUAAACAUUAUCGCCUGAGGUAUUUGUAUAUAACUUGGGCUUUGUAGCUUUUAUUUAUUCAGAACUCACGUGGCAUGUUAAUGACUUACGAUGGUGCCCUCCUCUGGGCAGCUGUAUAGGGUCAUCAUGUGGUUAAAAAAAUACUUCCCCUCAAAAAAAUCUUUUAAUGUGGAAACAAUAAAUUUCACAGAAAAAAAAAAAAAAGGAUUGAGGUUGCUUUAUUGGGUCUCUGCCAUCCUGUGAGAGAAGAGCUGGAGUUGCAAAGCCGGGUUCGGAUGUCACUUCUGCUCUGAUGUGGGACAUGUGGAUGGAUGGACGGCAGCUGUGGAGCAGGGCAGAGGAGAGUCAGGUGGCCUUAGGCGAUACCCAGGGUACCAGCGGGCAUUCUCAUGCUGAUCGUUUGUAUUUAUUUAUUUUUUUGUACAAUAGUACAUAACUUAUAGGUACACAAUAUAGUGACUCACAGUUUUUAAAGGUUAUUUUCCAUUAACAGUUACCACAAAAUACUGGCUGUAUUCCCUGUGUUGUAUGGUACAUUCUUGUAGCUUAUUUGUUUCUCUUGGUGCUGAUUUCUGCUGUGAUUUCCAGGAGCAGCCCGAGAAUGGCCCCAGCCCAAUGCAGAAAUCUAAGAGGAGGGACCUGGACUCGAGGGAGGCAGCUUGCCAAGUCACAGGGUGACUGUGGUGGGUCUGGGAGCUGGUCCUCCAGCGGGGCUGCUUUUCAUGACACGUGCUGGGGCUCAGGGAUUAGGGGUUCCUCGGUCCUGGGCUUCUCUCCUUAUCCCUCAGGUUGAUGCUAGGAAGGUGCUGGAUGUUGCGUAGCAAGACCCAGGGUGACUGGGCUGGGGGAACAAGUAAACUAGGGGUCUCUAUGAAUGUGUCAGAUUCUGAACAUUGCUUAUAACAAAGCAUAAACGAAGUAGUUUAUAGUUUUAAAACUAUAUGUAAAUGAAAAGUGACUCCAGUUCCUAAGUGAGUAAGAAACAUGAAGUAGGAUACAUUGAAAAGGUUUUCUUGUCAGUUAAUACAUGUGCAGGAACAUCUUUGUUAGUUGUUCCUGGAGACUUUGCCAUAAGCUGACUCGUGAGAGUCGCUUGCAGUGGUGUGUGUGCCCCAGUUGUGCUGGCUGAGCAGCUGAAAACUCCAGGUGUCGUACUGAUGGGCAGCGUCCCUCAGCUGCUUUCCCAGCCAGCGGUGAAGGACUGGAUUAGAUCAGGGCUUUCAGCUUUCAGCAGACCUCUUUGUUUAUGCAGGAACCCCAAAUCAAAAACGUAGCAAACCGAGCUCCUCUAGUUACAGCGAGGAUGAGUUCUGGAGCUUGAAUCCCUGUCCGUGGCUUCCCAGUGGGAGAGGGGUCCCUGCAUCCAGGGCCCCACGUGUUAUUCACUGGCUGUCCCGACUGCUCUGGGUCCAGGAGAGCCGGGCCAGGUCCGUGAAAGUGCAGCAGUCUGCUGCUGGGUUUACUCUGGGGAGGAGACGCCCAUGUAUUUUUGUUUUUUUUAUAGCUGCAGCAGACCCUGUGAGGAAGCUGGUUGACUCCUUCCGGCCUCUCUGAGCUUUCUGUGUGGAUUACAGAGCUUCCCUUGCUUACUAUGGGAUUACGUCCUGAUAAACUCAUUCAUUGUAAAUUGCAAAUACCUUAAAUUGAAAAUGAGUUUGUUACACCUAACCUGUUGAACAUCACAGCUUAGCCUUGUCUACCUUAAACGUGCUGGGAAUGCUUCCAUUUGUCUACAGUUGGGCAAAAUCAUCUCACACCAAAGCGUGUUUGAUAAAAAAAAAGUGUUGAUUGUCUCAUGUAGUGGAUUGAAUACUGGACUGAAAGUGGAGAGCGGAAUGGUCAUCUGGGUGCAGAACGGCUGUCAGUAGUCGCGUGGCUGACCCGGAGCUGCCCUGCCCAGCACUGAGGGGGACUGUACUACCGCCUAUUGCUAGCCUGGGAAAAGAUUAAAACUUAAAAUUCAAA